AUGCUAUGGAUGAACGCGGAUGGUAUCACAGGGGGGGCCAUGUGUCCUGUGUGUUUAGAGAGUGGUACUGGUGCGGGGAGGCAGAUGACGUGGAGGGUCCACUAUUUGCCGGAUAAUUCUGCCGCGCUGUGCACGCCGCAGAGGAGGAUACGCUCCCCGGCGAGGGUCCAGGAGGCUAUCGCGGAGUAUAAGAGGACGCAGAUGGGUACGAGGCAAGAAAAGGGCGACGAGGAUGUCCCGAGUGUCGCGGAGAUGACCGAUGGGGCAAAGCGCCGGGAAGGGAAGGAGGGAGAGGCGAAUGGACCUGUUGGUGGGUGCGUGUUGAGAAAUAAGAAUCGCAUUUCGAGGGUGGGAGAGGUUAUUGAUAUGGCAUAUGUCACGGCUUCUUUGCGUAUUGCCACGAAUCCGAGUACGACGGGGGAGGUGAGUUUGGAUGGCAAUCGCCUGCGCACGGUUGGCACGAUGGCGAGACAAACGUGUCCGAUGCAAGUGCUGUUGUGGAGUGAGCGUAGGAGCAAGGGGCCGACGUCAUCGAGGAAGGUGGAGGAGGUUGCGUGGUUUGCGAGGCAAUCUGUCAGUUUGGCCGAUGAUGGGUCGGAUGCGGGGAGCCGGAAGGAUGGCGAGAUUGUCGAGUCAGAGGAAUGGUUGCCCACGCCGCUGGUGUCCGUGUCGGCGAUGAAGCCGUCAGCGUGGAGAGACAUCACUUCUUCUACGGGACGCUUGAUCUCCGUGCCGGCUGCGUGGGAGGCAUCCGUGCAAGCCUGGGUAUUGUUUGAUAUUGAUGACAUCGGCAGACUGGACAAGGAAGGCGUGGUCACCAAGUCUGGGAACAAGUUGGCUCUAACUAUUCGCAGGGAUCAGGAAAUGAGUGGACGGUGCCUCAUCAUGCAGACGGGACCAGCAGGUUUGCAUGUGUGGGCUGAACUUCGCGAAGUCCGGCAAGAACCUAGCAAGUGGUUCAAGAAGGAGGAGGCCCGGACAUGGUACGCGGAUCUAGGAAGCAGAUUACUGCACGCGUGCCACAGAGCAGGGGCUCGCAGGGGAAAAGUUGACAUGAGUUCUUGCUCUGCGGGGAGGUUUGCCAGAAGACCUGACUGGCGACUACUAGAAGAUGGCACUCUGUUUCGUUCACAUGUAGUAGUUUACGUGCCGAGCAGGGUGCGGACGCGCACUCCUCGGCUGCAAUAGGUGCAAAAGAUUCAUCGUUGCGCAGCUAAUGUCUGCAUAAGAGGGAACUGUGCAGUGUUGAUGGCGCAUGUAGCGACAGCAAUAUGAGGCUUAACAUAUCUUAGAACCUUAACGUAUUUAUAUAUAAUAUGCGAGAAUAUUCGUUCACCUACGUUUAAACCUGACUAGAGGA